AUGGUUCACACAGUAAUGUCAUUCUCCUCAGAAAUCAAACAACAAAUUAAAGACAAUAUUAAUCAAGAUAAGGAACUAAAAUCCUUGAGGAUGACUAUAAUCAGAGAAUGGCCGACACAACGUACAGAGACACAAACAUUUUUGCAUAAAUACUGGACUUACAGAGACCAACUAUCAGUCAUAGACGACUUCAUAUUCAAGAAUGAUAGAUUAUUAGUACCUCAACAGUUUAGAAAGAAAGUGAUUAAACAGAGUCACUUAGGACAUAAAGGACUUCAAGGAACAUUAAGGAUGGCUCGCGAUUCCGUAUUCUGGUCAGGAAUGACCAAGGAUAUCACAGAAUGCGUACAACAGUGCCAAGCUUGUCAAAAAAUUCAAAAUGACAACAUGCAAGAACCCAUCCAUCUUCAAGAAUCACCGAAUAGACCAUGGUCCCAAGUAGCGUCUGACAUAUUCCACGUAAAAGGACAAGACUACUUAGUCAUAGCAGACGCGUAUUCAGGAUUUUUUGACUUUGUCAAAUUAUCAAAUCUACACAGUACAACAAUUAUUAAAGCCUGCAAAAUCUGGUUCUCCACUCAUGGAAUUCCAGAUAUUUUGUUAACAGACAACGGACGACAAUUUACCUCUGAAGAAUUCCGCACAUUCACGAAACAAUGGCAGUUCCAACAAAGGCUCUCAAGUCCAAAUUUUCCACGCUCCAACGGAUUAGCCGAACGCUACGUGCAGGAAGCAAAAAAGCUACUCAAGAAAUGUAUGGAAGAAGGUUCAGACAUCCAGCUAGCACUACUACAUCACAGGAACACACCUAGAGACAAUUUAGGAUCACCAGUUCAAAGAUUAAUGAGUCGUCGAACGAAAACACUAUUACCAGUUAACCAAAAAUUACUUCAUCCAAAAAUAAUACCCAAUGUUCAACAAAAACUAAAAAUAAUUCGCAAGGAAGAAAAAGAGUACGCGGACGCGAACAAACGCAAGAUACCUGAAUUCAAACGAGGAGAACGAAUACUAUUCCGUAAUGAGAAGCAAUGUUGGAUACCAGCUACAAUAGUUAAGAAAACACCAAAACCACGCUCAUACAUCAUCAAAACAACAGACGGUAGACAAUUAAGGAGAAACAGUUGGUUUUUAAAACACUUAAAGAAGACUACACCGAACCAAGUUCGGAGUGCACCUAGCAGCACAGAAGAGGGAGAAAAACAAAUACAGAUUACUCCACAUCAAAAAGAGCAAGAAUAG